CGCCCCGCGCUGGCGCCCGCCCGUCAGUCGGCGGCGGCGGCGAAGAUGGCGAAGACCUACGACUACCUCUUCAAGCUGCUGCUGAUCGGCGACUCGGGCGUGGGCAAGACGUGCCUGCUCUUCCGUUUCAGCGAGGACGCCUUCAACACCACCUUCAUCUCCACCAUCGGAAUUGACUUUAAAAUCAGGACAAUAGAACUAGAUGGGAAGAAAAUCAAACUGCAAAUAUGGGACACGGCGGGCCAGGAGAGAUUCCGCACGAUCACGACAGCAUAUUACCGAGGUGCCAUGGGGAUAAUGCUGGUUUAUGAUAUCACCAAUGAAAAGUCUUUUGACAAUAUUAAAAACUGGAUAAGGAACAUAGAAGAGCAUGCUUCUUCAGAUGUAGAAAGGAUGAUCCUGGGCAACAAAUGUGACAUGAAUGAGAAAAGGCAAGUUUCGAAGGAAAAAGGAGAAAAGUUAGCAAUUGACUAUGGCAUCAAAUUUCUGGAAACCAGUGCGAAGUCCAGCAUCAACGUGGAAGAGGCUUUCUUCACCCUUGCACGGGAUAUUAUGACAAAACUCAACAGAAAAAUGAAUGACAACAUUUCAGCGGGUGCAGGCGGGCCAGUGAAAAUAACAGAGAACCGGUCGAAGAAGAGCAGCUUCUUCCGGUGCACGCUGCUUUGAUGAACUUCGCACAACGGACUGCAGCAUACCUAGAAAAAAAAAAACCUUUUCCUGCUUCUCUGAAAGCACAGGCUCCCCCGGCCGCGGAGCUGUUACUGCCCGGCUGCUGCUGAGGGCUCUGUGUGAACAUAGAACAUGCUCGACCAAGAGAGAAUGGGUUUGGAUUCGGAUUCACUCUGUUGGCCACCACCGCCAGGCUCUACCCUCGGAGAAACGGAUGCUGUGAAGUGGAGAGAGAGAGAGACUCCCGCGUGCCGCAGCUCGGUUUCCUUUGUCUCGCUGCCUGCUUCAAAAGCUGCCGAGUAUCUUCUUUGCACAUCUGUAUCAGUCCUUUGUUGCAUGUCAGGGCCGUGUCACGAAUGCACCGCGGGGUUGGUUCUUUUAAGCCUUCCUUGCGAGCUUCGUCCAUUUCCUUUUUUCCUUUCCAGCAACUGCAGGCAUCCCUGCUGAAAGCCAGCGGAACAUCCAGGACGCAAUCCUGCCCUCCCCAAGCACAGCACCAGUUCAGGCAGGACCUCUAGGGCUGGGGGACCCCCUCCCAUCUGACACGGCAGCCGCCCCCCACUCGCUUGCGGUCCUUUGGAGUGCGGAUCGGUGGUGUCCGGUCCAGAAGGGCGGCUGGCCAGAAGACCGAAGGGUCCGCGGACCCUGCGGCCUUGGAAGGGGGAAACCGCCCUUGAUGCCCAUGGGAAUCUGGGGCCCGUGUAUGUUGGGCACGUGCUGGCCUGGAAUACUUCCUUUUUUCCCUAGGGAUGCCAAUAGGAUAAUGCAGCUGUAAUGUGGAGGUGGAAAGCUCAAAAAAACUGACAGCUCCUUUUGGGUUCAGCUUGUUUGACAAAUAGACAAACCUGUGUAUUUCAAAAUGAGUUUGCUGUUCUGAAUGCAGGAUGUUUUUUUUCUGGGCCUCGUGGACAGAAACCAUUCCCUUGCCACUCACAGCAUUUCCCCCCUACCUUAAACUGGCUCUACUGAGGCUUCACUCCUGUUUCUUGGUGCGUCUGGUUGAAUCAGAUAGCUUGGUUUUUUCCCUGCAUUGUGCAGCAGCCCCCUGAGCACCGACGGAGGGUGCUUGCGUGCGGGGCGUAGAUUGGGUCCCAAUCCAUAGGACAGCGAUGGCUUGAUCAGGACAUCCCUCGGAUCGCGAAGACGCGGGUUGUUCUGAGCUUUAACGCAGACCGAGGCUGAACUGCCUUUUCGUUUCUGGGCUCGGUGUGCUUCGCCGUCACCGAACUCCUUUGAAACAGGCGCUUCCCUGUUCUUGAUGUGCCGAACCCAGGACCGGGCACGCGGUGACCGCUCGCUCCGCCGCCUCAUCCGGAGAGCGCUGCCCUCCCGCAUCUGCUCUGUUUGUGUGCUGCUCCUUUCACAGUGCUUCACUUCUGAGCGUUGAGCGCCGGCCUCGUUCUUGUUCUUGGGGUGCCUUUGCGGAGCUGCGAACCCAGGUCUCACUGCCUUCGGCUCCUCUGUCAGAAACUGGCCGUGGUACCCCGGCGGCUUCGCAGGGUAGGCGGGGCAGGAGCGUUGGGCAGCGAGACCCGCGUUCGCCUCCUUCCCCCUUCACCAAAUCGUUUGCGUUCGAUGGCGGAGGAGCUUCCUUUGAGACGGGGGGCUGCACCCGCAGGGUGUGUCCCCCUUUAGUCACCAUUGGUCAUAGAGCCCCCCUCAGGACUGUCUUGGAACCGAAACUGACGUGCCCGUUUCCUUCCCUCUGCUCUUUCUCUUGGUUGGCAUUUCUCUUCCCCCUCUGGCUCCGCGUGCAAAUGCUCCGUCUCCGAGAACGCCUCCUGGCAGAGCCUGCGACUAGUUGAGAUGUCAUAAAGUGCUUUUUGAAGCAGCAGCAAAUUGGGCUAUCUACUCUGUUUUAUUAAAAAAAAAAUGCUAUUUUCUUACUUCUAGCUGUGCUACAGCAUACAUAAUUUGAGUUAGACCAUAGGAAUUUCACUAAGCUUGGUGUCAUAAGGAUAACACGCAGUUAACUUUCCUUUAUAAUAUUAAAAGUUAGGUUUUGUUCCUGUCAGUUGUUUAAUGACAGAAUUAUUUCUUCCCUGCUGGACUUUUUUUAAGAGACUGUCACCUGAAAACAGCCUUAGUCUUAAGGGGAAUGUAUAGCCUCUCCAGCCGUUUUAAGGGCCGCAGGUGCCCAUGGCUCCAACCUGUGGCCCUCCAGAUGUGCUGGGCGACGGUUCCCAUCGCCCAAGGCCAGCAGGGCCACACUGGCCGCAGCGUAGUACAUCUGACAGGCAGCCAGUUGGGGAAAGGCCAUGCAAGUGGUCCAAUUGGUGGUGAAGGCUCUGGCCAAGCGCUCGAGCAGCGGUGGUGGAGUUGCCAUCCCACCCUUCGCUUGAGCAGACCAAGCCACAUGCAAAGGAGCUCCCCCCCCCCGAAGCCAAACCUUGGUGGUAUUGAGUGGCACCUGCACAUCCCGGCGGUCUGGACUCUGAACUCUGGCCCUCCAUCAAGGUGGAGGCCUCAGGCCUUGUUCCCUGUAAGACCCAAAGACGACUCUUCCGGCUUUUCGAAGGACAGAACAGCCCGGGGUCUUCCCCGUUCCUUCGCCUGUCUCUGGCUUACCACCCCGUGUCCAGAGAGGGAAGGCAGAUGGAAAACAGGCAGCCUGUCCUUUCAUAGCACCACUCUCCUCUCCCUUGGCUUCUUAUAGUUUUAAAGAUUUUUAAGUAUUACCCAUCCGGUUACACCUUCAGGCUCCUGUGCUGCAUGUGAGAAUGGAAAAAAAAACCUCUUCUGAACUUUUGUCCUAUGUAUAAUACUUGUAUAAUACUUGCCAGCUUUUUUUUUUUUUUAAUAAAUGGGGUAUGUACAUGUACCAAGUGCUUUCCCGUGUCUUACUUUCAAAUGUGAAAGAAUAAAACCCAUUUCGACUGGUAGCCGCCAUAGUAUGUUGCA